GGGAACAAAAACUUGGUUUGGUUUGGUGCUAUCCUAGUCUUUUUCUCUAAAAUAAAUUUAAAAUUUUCAAAUAAAUUUAGAUUUUUCUAUUAUUUUGAAAUUUAGAAUUGAUUCUAACGUACAUUUACAAAUACAAAUGUUAAGUUAUAAAUUCAAGUUAUAAAUUCUAAAACUAUAGAAGACAAAGUCCCUAGUUUGUUUAAAAGUUCAAACACGAGGUAAUUGAGGAAAGAAACAUAAAAACAGAAUCUAGUCUUAAAUGGAGAAUCGAAUCCCGAGCCAGAUGAAGGCCUCGUGCUUAUCGGUAAUUCCGUUCCGGUUUACUUUUAGCAAUAAUUCCCGGUUUGAUUCAGAAACCCUCUCAGACUAUCUAUGGGACAAGAGUAGAGCAAUUACGUAGAAUUAGAAAAGAAUCUCUCUCAGACGACGACGACGACGACGACGAAGCCGAAGACAGUACAGUACUUUUCUCUCUCUCUCCUUCUGCCUCAACUCAACGCUAACUUUCACUCACUCACACACAUUCUCUGUUGCGGAAUCACAUUGCUUGACGUCACUCCGAGCCAAGUCAGGAUUUUUCCGUUUCUCCUCGCAGAUGAAGGCAUUGAUGGAAGAAGAUGAUGAGUGUUUCCCCUUAGGUGGUGGUGAUAAAGUGAGGAAGAUUGAAGUCUCUGGUGGAAACAUAUCACUUGUUGUUGACUUUAGCGGCUCUUUGACUGGGACUAGUUCCCACAACGCCUUUGAAUCUAACGUGAGUUGUCUGAAGGAGAACCAAACUCAGGAGUGUCUGGUUGGGAAUCUUGUAUGGGCGAUGACUAAGUCCAAGAAAUGGUGGCCAGGGGAAGUCGUUGGUUACAAAGCUGAUGCAAAGGAGAGUUGUUUCAUGGUUAGGUAUCUUGGCGAGGGGCAGCUUGAAUCGUGGUGCGCACCUUCGAAGCUGAGGCCUUUCAAGGAGAGCUUUGAGAGGUUGGUGAGUCAGAGAAACGAUGUGGGGUUUUUCGUUGCGGUGGAGGAAGCUAUGACCUUGUUGAGGAACUCGUUGAGGCUUGAGAUGACUUGUUCUUGCAUGUCUGAAAGGAACGGGAAAAAGCCAGCUCGGAAGGCAAAGCCUUUGAUCCUGCGUGAGUUCUCUGUAGAUCGUUUGGAGCCGAAAGAGUUUGUGACUCAGCUGAAGAAUCUGGCGGGAUGUGUUUCGAGCGGUGGGAUACUCGAGGCCACAGUCAUGCAGAGUAGGCUAUCAGCGUUUUAUAGUUUCUGUGGGCAUAAGCAGAUACCGAUGGAUCUGCUGAACCAAAACGAGGCUAGGAGAAGUUUCAAUGGAUCUAAGAUGGAAGAGAGUGAGUUCGUUGGUUCUCCAUCGGUUGUUGCAGGUAGUAGCAGGAGGAAGUUUCGGAAAGAGUGGUUUAGAAAAUUCGUUAGUGAGGUUGACUACGUGUCUGCCAGAGAGGAUCUUGUUGACACGUCUCCUUCUGAUUUGGUAUCUAAACUCAAGCUGCUUGCUGUGGACUCCUCCACGUGUUCAGAGGAGACUGAGAAUGUCGGCCUCUUUGAGUGGUUCUUCUCCAAGUUCAGAAUCUCCGUGUUUCACGAUGAAAAUUCUUACAGAAUGCAGUUGGCUAACAUGGCUGGUUUGAACGAUUUGAUGGUGGCUAAAGCUGCAAUCUCCAAGUCAAAAAAUGUAGGCAAGUCAAAGGUUGAGCCUUUCUGUGGUGUUUCAGUUGCUGGAGCCGAGCAGAAGACCUUAGAGUCGCAGAAGAUCUCAGAGAAGUCAAAGAUUGAGGUUACUGGUGGUGUUUCAGUUGCUAACAUUGAGCAGAAGAUCUCUGAGUCGCACAAGAACUCAGAGAGGUCAAAGAUGGAGGUUAUUGGGGGUGUUUCAGUGGCUAAUACUGAGCAGAAGACCUUUAAGUUGCAGAAGAACUCAGAGAAGUCGAAGAUCGAGGUUGUUGGUGGUGUUUCAGUUGCUGAUGCAGAUCAGAAGGCCUUUGAGUCAAAUACCAGAGCUGAAAAGUACCGAACAUAUCAGAGGGCCUCGAAGCCAAAGAUACCAGGGCUGAAAACGAUCAAAGAUACCAUUAGUCGCUCAGAUAUUUCUAGUUCUGUUGCAAAUGAGCCGUCUCUACAAGGGAAAGCUUGUAUGGCAGAUACACUCAGCAGACCUGCUGCUACACUUGUACCGGACUUAAACGGUGGAGGCAAUGGUUUAGCUUCUGCAGAAUCUGACCAUUUACAAAAACCGGAGACUUUAGUUCCUCCCAGUGCCCUCCCACAAAAGGAGAGACCAUUUUCUAUGAUGUUAAACUUUCAGGCGGCGGCAGCAUCAACAGCAGCUCCACGUUCAAACUACGGAAUCUCGGGAACGGGUUAUGUUUCCAGCCUGACAGAUUUGGAAAGAAAGUUCACGAGCGCAGACCUUUGCGCUAAAGUCACUGGUACAGAGAAGAAGAAGAGAGGAAGGAAGAGGAAGAAUCCAGAAGCUGCACAUGCCACUAAUGGUAUACCUGACUUAAACGGAACAACUAAAGAGCCAGCUUCGGUUCCGCCUCAAGCUGAGCCUACUCAGCGCAGGAAACGUAGGAAGAAAGAGGAGAUGCCCAACAGAUCAACCAGAGGAAUCACAGUUCUCGUCUUGAAGUUUUCCUCAAAAGAGUCAAUGCCUUCAAAGGACGACUUAACCUCCACAUUCUCCGCGUUUGGCCCUUUGGAUGCUUCUGAAACACAUGUCUAUGAAGAACUUAGUGGAGCAGAGGUCGCCUUUGUGAGUAGUGGCGACGCUGUAGAAGCGGUUAAAAGCCUAGACAAAGCUAACCCAUUUGGUGAGAACUUGGUGAGUUUCAGGUUACAGCAGAAACUGAUCAACGUAUACAGGAACAUAGCCCCAAGGAUGCCGGAAAUCUCCCACGUUAGUCCAUUACAGAAACCGAAGAAUGCACCGAUUAGCGUGGAAUCGAUGAAGCAGAAUCUGAUGAUGAUGACAUCAAUGCUGGAUAAAUCCGGGGAUCAUUUAUCAAGAGACACAAAGGCUAAACUGAAAAGCGAUAUCUCUGCUCUUCUGGAGAAGAUAAGUUCUAUGCCUAGCUCUUCUUCUUCUUCUUGAGCAGCCAUUGACAUAUAUAUCAAUGUGAGCUUCUCAGAUUUUCCAAUGUACCAUGCGUUGUAACUGUCUGGACACUAUCCGCUCUUGUGUUUCCUAUCUUUAGUUUGGGACCGUAGUUGUAGAAUAAGGUUAGGUAUUAGAAGAUGUUGGUGCUGUUAUUAAACAAUUUUCACCUUUUUUUUUCCAUUGAGCUUGAAGCUCUGCAGUUAAUUAUCUAAA